AUGUUAAAAGUUCUGGGGGCGCUCGUGUUCAGCGAGAUUGUGGCUGCGCUCGUGCCUACGAUCUGGAACGGAAGCUCAUACGAUUGCAAAUGUUAUGUCGGCGAUGCAUGCUGGCCCAAGCCCGAAGAAUGGUCGGCCCUGAAUGCCACACUUAAUGGAAACCUUGCCGUCCAUAUUCCUCCGGGGGCUGUCUGCCACAACACUUAUCAGGGUCCGCUAGGAAUAAUUAACACCUAUGAUGCCGCUGCAUGCUCGAGUGUCUCCGGAAAUUUCUACAGUGAACAAUGGACAACCGACCAACCUGCGGCAGCGUUGUGGACAUACUUUACCAACGAGACCUGUCGACCUACAGGAAAUCGCAAUGAGCCAUGCACGCUUGGCUACUAUGGAGUUUACGUUAUUCUCGCAAAGACACACGACCACGUCCAAGCAGGCGUAGACUUUGCUCGCACCCACGACUUGCGGCUGAUCAUUCGCAAUACCGGGCAUGACUUUCUGGGUAGGAGCACUGGCUGGGGCGCCCUAAUUAUCAAUACCCACAGUUUCAAGGAUGCAGUGUUCACGCAGUCUUAUACCGGGCCGGGUGACUACCACGGAACAGCAGUUACAGUGGGAGCGGGAAUUCAAGGAGGUGAACUGCUUAAGUUGGGCAGCGCUCAAAAUCCACCUGUGACGGCUGUAGUGGGAGAGUGCUCGACGGUCGGGCCAGCCGGUGGCUUCGUACAGGGUGGCGGCCACGGGCCCUGGACCACGGUCACAGGAAUGGCGGCGGAUACAGUGCUCGAGUUCAAAGCCCUGACAGCUGGAGGUGACAUAGUGACCGCUGACGCCAAAACUAAUCAGGACCUGUUCUGGGCCCUUAGGGGUGGCGGUCCUUCAGCUUUUGCUGUCAUCCUCUCUGUGACAUUCAAAACGUUCGUCGACGUCCCUUCUGCAGGCGCUACCCUCAACAUCAACAGCAGUCACACAAACAACGAGACUCUGUUUUGGGAAGCUGUCAGUGUAUUUCAUAGUUACUCGAAUCACUUUGUCGAUAACGGGCUCUAUGUAUACUUCGACCUAGGUCGCCUCUCCCUUCAUAUCCAACCCUUUGUGGCCGUGAACCAGACCUCGGCACAGCUCGACGCGAUCCUUGGCCCCCUACUUCGAGAUCUGGAUGCUAUCAAAAUUCGUUACAGCACCACUAUGAAACAAUACGAAACGUUUUUUGCGCUCUACAACGAGCUAUUCGAACCUGAAGGCGCAGGUUUCUCGGCAUUGACGGGCGGUUGGGUGUUUGCACACGAAGAUGUUGCAACCAACAACCAAAACAUUGUUAAUUCGUUCAAAAACAUCGUCAGCAAGGGAGCUGCUGCGGUCGGUCACAUGUGGAAUCCUGGGUAUGGAGUUCCUGUCUCCACCACCUCACUGAACCCACGUUUCAGGAAUGCAAGUGAUCAUGUUAUUGUCGCGAUGUUUGUUGCAAACGGUGCGACUUGGGCCGAGAAGAUAGCGGCACAGAACACACUGACUCAUGACAUUAAUCAAAAACUGAUUAAAGCUGGCCCGAGCGGAUUUGGGUAUGUGAACGAGGGUGAUUCGAACCAGCCUGACUGGCAGACCAGCUUCUAUGGCACCAAUUACGCUCAGCUACUUUCCACGCGGAAAAGGUGGGACCCAGACGGCGUCUUUUACGCCAUUUCCACGCCAGGGACAGAGGAUUGGGAGGUCAUUGAUUAUGGCACCAAGUUGUGCAAGAGGUCAAACGUGGCAUCCAACGAGGAGAAAUGA